UUGUAUUUGACAGAUACAGGAAUUACAGCGUUGACGGGCUCACAAGAAUCUUCUCGAAGCUAAGGAACAUUCGAUAUAAGCAUUUGUGGUGAUUCAGAAUUGUAAUACGAGUGUGAGGGAAACGCCGGUAAAAUGGAUCAGGUAGCCGUUUUAAAAGAUAAAGGGAAUGCAGCCUUGUCGGAAAAUAAAAUAGAUGAAGCUAUCAAAUAUUAUACAGAAGCCAUAAAUUUGGAUUCAAAUAAUGCCGUUUUAUAUUCUAAUAGAUCUGCUGCCUAUGCAAAAGGCAAUCAGUAUGAUUUAUCUUUACAAGAUGCAGAAAAAGCUAUCCAAAUUAAACCAGACUGGUCAAAGGCCUAUUCCAGGAAAGGUACAUCAUUAGCUUACUUGGGGAGAUUAGACGAGGCCAUAGAAACAUAUGAAAAAGGUCUACAAAUAGAUCCAAACAAUUCUCAACUCAGAGAUGGAUUAGCAGAGGUAAGAGCACAGAAAGCUCAAAAAACACGUUCUUUCCCUAAUCCCUUUGCGGGAUCAGAUGUACUGGCAAAACUUAGAACUGAUCCUAGGACUCGAGCUUAUUUAGACGAUCCCGAAUAUUUAGCUUUAUUAGCCCAACUUCAAGCCAAUCCUCAAAUGAUGGGUAGUAAAUUGCAGGAUCCACGAGUUUUAACCACUCUAAGUGUUCUCAUUGGCAUUGAUCCAGGAGCAGACGAACCUAUGGACACAGAACCAAUAUAUACUCCACCACCUAGGAAGCCUGAACCUAAACCAGAACCAAAAAACGAACCUGAACCGGAUUUACCAGAAAAUAAAAGAUUAGCUCAAGAGGAAAAAGAAAGAGGAAACACCUUUUAUAAGAAAAAAGAUUUUAAUAAUGCAAUAGUUCACUAUACUAAAGCCAUCGAACACGAUCCCACAGAUAUAACAUAUUAUAACAAUUUAGCUGCCGUAUAUUUCGAACAGAAGGAAUACGAUAAAUGUAUUAAGGAGUGUGAGAAAGCUAUAGAAAUAGGUAGAGAAAAUCGAGCAGACUUCAAAUUGAUUGCAAAAUCGUUUAUGAGAAUUGGUAACGCUUAUAAGAAGAUGAAAGAUUAUAAAAAUGCUAAAGUUUAUUAUGAAAAGUCCAUGUCUGAACAUAGGACACCGGAAAUUAAAACACAGUUAUCUGAAGUAGAGAAAGUUAUUAAAGAGGAAGAGAAGAAAGCAUACAUUAAUCCUGAAGUGGCCGAAAAAGAAAAGGAGAUAGGUAAUGAGUAUUUUAAGAAAGGAGACUAUGCCAAUGCUGUAAAACACUACACAGAAGCCAUAAAACGGAAUCCAGACGACGCCAAGUUGUACAGUAACCGUGCUGCCUGUUAUACGAAAUUAGCUGCCUUCGACUUAGGUUUGAAAGACUGUGAUAAGUGUGUGGAACUGGAUCCAAAAUUCAUCAAGGGGUGGAUCAGAAAAGGGCAUAUCCUACAGGGAAUGCAGCAGUCUAGUAAAGCUAUAACUGCUUUUCAGAAAGCUAUGGAAAUUGAUCCUAACAACGCAGAGGCUCUGCAGGGCUACAGAGCUUGCACAAUUGAAAGCGCUAAUUUGGAUGGUGAUCCAGAGAAAAUUAGACAACGUGCAAUGGCCGAUCCAGAAGUACAGACUAUACUUAGAGAUCCUGCCAUGCGUAUAAUCCUCGAGCAGAUGCAGAGCGAUCCAAGAGCACUCCAAGACCAUCUUAAAAAUCCAGACAUUGCGGCAAAAAUUCAGAAAUUACUAGAAUCUGGUCUCAUCGCCAUCCGUUAACUUCUAGCAUUUUUAUUGUUAUAGUUUUAUAAAUGAAUUUUGAAAUCAGUCUUUAGGUUGUUUUGUAAUAAGUAAUCCUUAAUUCAUUAAACAUUUAGAUAGC